AUGAGUAAUAACGGGGAACUAGUUUAUUUAAGUUCUGAUGGGGAAGAUUCAGAUUCUGUUCUCUUAGACGCCUCUAAAACUAUAGAGAGGAAACCGACCUGUAUUACCGACGAUUACGAUGGUGACAGUUCUGAGUUGGAAGAUGAUGAAGCUAGCACUUCCAAAGGGUUUACUCCUACUUCAGGAAAUAAUGUGUUAAGGAUCAAAGAACGGGAUUUGGUAUUUACAUUAAUUGGGCUUAAGGAAAAACAAGGUGUACACAUUUCAGGUGUGUUCGAUAUUCAAAUCAUAAAAGGUGGGAUUAUGUAUAAUGGAGUCCAUUAUAAUGCUUCUAAAAAUAGGAUAUCAUUUUCACACCCACUUACAGAUGCAAUACCAGAAAUCAAAUCUUCAUUUCAUGCAGGAUGGGACGAACCAUUGUUUUUAACUGCUAAACAAAAGAAAUUGAUAGAUAUUCAAAUGCUAGAAAAUUUUGUUUGUGUACUGAAAGUGAGCUCUGCGAAUGUAGAUGGAUUAUUGGGUAUUUCAAGUUUAUACCCUGAUGCGUCAAGUCUAUGGAAACCAAAAUAUAGCCCUUCAUGUAUCAUACCAUCGAGUACUGAUACCUUCUGUAUACUGGAUAAAACAUAUGAAGAUGAAUAUACAUCUCAGAGUAAUCCUACUAGUUGGCAAGAUGUAAUUGAUAAUUUAUUUGUAGCAUUCAAAAAUCAAGAAUAUGAUAUGAGAGUAAUGGUCAUUGGUGGUAAAAACUCAGGGAAAUCCACUUUUCUACGUUCACUACUAGAGACAUUUAUGAAUAAAACCAUUCUUAACGAGGAUGGUUCAACAUUUAAGUCACAAGAGGAUAUAUUAUAUAUGGAUCUUGACCCAGGACAGCCCGAAUAUUCGGACCCAGAGUGUAUAUCUUUAACUGAAAUAAGUCCUACACAUGUGGCACAUCUAGGUCAACGUUUAGCUCAGCAUAGUCAUAAAAAGUUACAACAGUUCUAUUAUGGUUCUUCUUCGCCUCAGGAUGAACCGACAUUGUAUAUGGAACAGAUAAAUGAGAUGAUGAAAUAUUUUGAAGAACGUGAGUCCAUGGGUACCACUUUAUUAAAUCUACCUGGAUGGAUCAAGGGAUUUGGUAUGACUAUUGUUAACAAUGUUAUACGUCUUUUCAAGCCUACACAUGUAAUUUGUAUUGAUUCUUCAAAAUUGGAUGCCGAAUUAGAGAUACAAAACGAAUUUGCUAAUGCUUUCCAAAUAAAAUAUGAACCGAAAAUAUAUAACGUUGAUAGUAUAUUUUCUCAUAGUACUUCACAACAAAAUUUACAACCAAGAUUCCAUGCACCACAAAUUAGAACAAUAAAGAUGCUUAUGUCAUUCCACAGACUUCGAAGCUUGAAUAAUAUGAACUUAAAAUAUGACUUUGCCCCAUUGCUAUCUCAGAAACCUAUACAGAUAUCAUACGGCGCUUUAUCAGGAAUUGAGGGAAUCCAAUUUUACGAGGAGUACUCAGACCUCGAAGAGAAUGACAUUAAAGGUGCAUUAGAAGGAAUGGUUGUUGGAUUGGGUUUAAGAAGGACAUGGAAUAAUGAAGGCGAUGCGAAACCAUAUCGCACUAUUGUUGAUACAUAUCCUAUUGUUAAGAACAGAUUGAAAGCAAGUAAUGUAUUGCAUUAUUCAUUGGCUUUGAUUCAUUCAGUUGAUCUAGAAAAUCAAAUAAUUAAUAUAUUUCUUCCAGAUAUAAAUAAGGAGAAGGUAAAGGCAAAGACCGAGGAGUUAAGAAAUUCUGAUAAUGAAAAUGAUGAGGAAUGGAGAUACUCUUGGGUCAUUAUUAGAGGAAAGUCAGAUACUCCGUUGUGUGAAUUGUAUCCUAAAGAAUUGUCAGCGAUGUUUGAUAAAUAUGAAACAAUUCCGUACAUAUCUACAUCAAGAAGGAAGAAAUACGAGCACGUUUGGAAGGUUCGUAAAAAUGUUCAACGGAGAGGACAAACUAUGAAGUGA